AGACGUCAAAUCAAUUAAAAAAAAUAAUCAUUCACAUCCGGAGUGUGGCAGUAAUGCACUAAACCAGUUUCCAACCGCCUUGAAACAACCAAGAAGAAGAAGAAGAGAAGGGCGGAAGUGAGCAACACUGCAGAAACGCAAGACAAAAGGGGAAGGGGGUGAGGUGGAAUCGAAUUGAAAACAUUCAGAUCAUCAAAAGAGUCGUCGAAAGGGCGAAUAAUGGCGGCAGCUGAUGAAGCAUUUGGGCCAUUCGAAGGAACGAUAGUGUCGUAUGACGGCGAACUUUCUCGAACAAGAGAGAAGGAGCGACAUCAACUGGAAGCUGUUAGCAAGACUCAAAUUGGGCUACACGUUCAAGAGGUCCAGCAGCUGAUUGGUCGUCAAGAGGAAAGUGCUCAUCAGUCGGAGGGGGGGCGAUCCACUGUGACGCAACAGCAUCCACAGCCCCCGCACAUUAAAGAGGAAGACGAGGAACUAUGGAUCACUCGGGAGGGCGAGUGUCUUCUAGGGCCGGAGGAAACCGAUCUCACCAACUUGCAACUGAAUGUUGUCUCUGUGAAGCCUGAAGAUGAUGGAGACAAACCAACUGAGUCCUUUCAGCUUCAUCACAGUCCAAAUGUCCACAAGCUGAUUGGUCAUCCAGAAGUCUGUUCCCUUCAGCCGCAAGGUGGGAGCGCCAUUUUGAAGCAGGAGGAUCCACAGCCCCCUCACUUUAAAGCGGAAGAGGAUGAACUCUGGAUCACUCAGGAGGAAGAAAGUAUUUUAGAACCACUGACUGUUGUCUCUGUGAAGGCUGAAGACCAUGAAGACGAACCACAAGCGGACAACCUCUUAGCACCACUAUCAGACAGUGAAGACACAACGUCUAACUCUUCCCAAGAUGAAGAACAGGACGACGCCGAAGAACCUUUGAGCAGCGAUACAGGAUAUGAAGGUGAUAUGAGGACUCACACGGACAUCAAACACUCUGAAAGUGCUAAAAAGAGGACCUGCUUCACCUGCCCGGUUUGUGGCGAAUUGUUUUCUUAUAAGAACGAUUUGUCUCAACACAUGAGAACCCAUCCGGAAGAAAAACUUUUUAGUUGCUCAAUAUGUUGUAAAAGAUUCUCUCGAAAGUCAGUGCUUACAACACAUAGAAAAACACACUUGGCAGUAAAACCUUUUAGUUGUUCAGUUUGUGGCAAAGGAUUCACUCAAAAGGCAGUAAUGAUAUCGCACAAAAGAACACACACCGGAGAAAAACCCUUCAAAUGCUCCGUUUGCGGUAAAAGGUUCUCUCGCCGUUCAGGUGUGGUGUCGCACAUGAGGACGCACACGGGAGAAAAACCUUUUAUUUGCUCCGUUUGCGGCGACAGUUUUUCCCGAAAGCGCAACGUCACUCAACACAUGAGAACGCACACCGGAGAACGACCUUUUAGUUGUUCAGUUUGCGGGAAAAAAUUCACUCAAAAGUCCAACAUGGUGGCGCACGUGAGAAUACACACGGGAGAAAAACCUUUUCUUUGCUCACUUUGCGACGAACGUUUUGUCGAUAAGGUGACGUUGAUUGCCCACAAAAGAGUACACACGGGCGAGAAACCAUUUAAUUGCUCAGUUUGUGGUAAAAGUUACUCCUAUCGGAGAGAUCUGACGGCGCAUGUGCGGACACACACGGGAGAAAGAACGUUGAGUUGUACAGUUUGUGGUAAAAGUUAUUUUUAUAAGAGGAGUCUGACAGCACACAUGCAGACACACCACUUUAAUAACAUACUGAAAGAUUUGUCGGCUGAGCGACUAAUGGCGGCAGCUGAUCAAAUAUUCGGGCUGUUUGAAAGAACGAUCGCGUCGUACGCGGGGGAACUUUCUCGAACAGGGGACGAGAAGGAGCGACAACAACUGGAGGCUGUUGACACGACUCAAACUGUGCAACACAAUGUCCAGCAGCUGAUUGGUCGUCAAGAAGAACGUCCCUCCGAGCCCACUUUGAAGCAGGAAGAUCCUCAGCCCCCUGACGUUAAAGAGGAGGAGGAAGAAAUACGGAUCACCCGGGAAUCGGAGGGAGAGUGUCUUCUUGGACCGGAGGAGGCUGAUCUCGGAGAGUUGCCGCUGACUGUCGUCUGUGUGAAGACUGAAAACUAUGACGACAAAUCAGUAGCAGACAACCUAUUUGCUCCACUAUCAGAUAGUGACGAUACAACGUCACACUCUCCUGAGGAUGAAGACAGGGACGACACCCAAAAAGCUUUGAGCAGUGACAGUGACAUGACGACUCACACUGACAACAAACAGACUAAAGGCUCUAAAAAGAAGACGGGCAAAAAACGUUUUACCUGCUCAGUUUGUGCUAAAAGCUUCACGGCUAAGAGGGAUUUGACUGGACACAUGAGAACACACACAGAAGAAAACCCUUAUAGUUGCUCAAUAUGUGGCAAAGGGUUCUCGCAAAGGUCAAGUAUCACCACACACAUGAAAACACACUUGGCGGAAAAACCUUUCAGUUGUUCAGUUUGCGGUAAAGGAUUUACUCAAAAGGCACACGUGGAAUCACACAAAAGAACGCACACGGGUGAAAAGCCCUUUAAAUGCUCAGUUUGCGAUAAAAGAUUCGCUCACAGUUCCACUAUGGCGUCCCACCUGAGAACACACACAGGAGAAAAGCCUUUCAGUUGCUCCGUCUGUGGCAAAACAUUUAAUCAAAAGCCCCACAUGCUCACACACAUGAAAAUGCACACUGGAGAAAAGCCAUUUAGUUGCUCAGUUUGCGGUAAAAGAUUCUAUCACCAUUCCAGUAUGGUGUCACAUAUGACCACGCACACCGGAGACAAACCUUACAUUUGCUCAGUCUGUGGUGACAGCUUUGCUCGAAAAAGCAACGUCACGCAACACAUGAAAAUGCACGUGGGCGAAAAACCUUUCAGUUGCUCCGUUUGUGGCCAGCUGUUCUCUAAAAAGACAAAUAUGCUGUCGCACAUGAGAACACACACCGGAGAAAAGCCCUUUAGUUGUUCAGUUUGUGGUAAGGGCUUCUCCAAAAAGACGAACAUGCUCGCACACAUGAGAAUACACACGGGAGAAAAACCCUUUGUUUGCGUCAUUUGCAGUGAAAGCUUUGCGGAAAAAGUCUCUUUGAUUGCGCACAAAAGAACACACACAGGAGAAAAAGCCUUUAAAUGCUCGGUUUGUGGCAACAGCUAUUCUUAUAAGAAGACACUGAAAGCGCACAUGCGGACACACAGCGAGUAUCGGUGCAUAUCCAUCAAUUAGAAUAUUGUGCAAAAGUUAUUUGAUUUCAAAAGUAAAUGCAGAUUAGUAGCAAUUAAACAUUUUUGCAGUUCAUUUGCGAAUCAUUAAGUUUUGCAUAUUUUUUUUCAAAUUUGAAGAGAUACUGAAUUUGGGUUGUUUGUUAGCUGGAAGCUAUAAUCCUCAAAAUGAUUAAGAAAUACAUUUUUGGAAUAGUUGACUAUGUAUGUGUAGUGAAAAUAAGAGUUUCAUUUGAAUGGAUAAGCUGAAUUUAACUAAUUAAAUAAGUCAAGAUGUAUAGAUGGAUAGACUUUUAUUUGUCGCCCAAUGGGGAAAUUACAUGGUUGCAGUGUAGGUUUUUAUUAGAGAUGUCCGAUAAUGGCUUUUUGGCCGAUAUUCCGAUAUUGUCCAACUCUUAAUUACCGAUUCCGAUAUCAACCGAUACCGAUAUAUACGGUCGUGGACUUAACACGUUAUUAUGCCUAAUUUUGUUGUGAUGCCCUGCUGGAUGCAUUAAACCAGGGGUCACCAACGCGGUGCCCGCGGGCACCAGGUAGCCCGUAAGGACCAGAUGAGUCGCCCGCCGGCCUGUUCUAAAAAUAGCUCAAAUAGCAGCACUUACCAGUGAGCUGCCUCUAUUUUUUAAAUUUUAUUUAUUUACUAACAAGCUGGUCUCGCUU